GAUGAUGUCCUGCGAAUGGCUGAUGAGAUGUGGGACAACAGCAGCAGCUUUGCAAGCCCUUCCUCUAGCCUCCCCCCAUUCCUGCUUAUGUUCAACAACACCUUCUUUGACAGCACACUGUUUAACUCCACCAACUCCACCAACUCACCCAGCCGUGAGGACCAGGGUCCCGGUGUGGCUGGCGUGCUCAUCCCACUCAUAUACAUCAUUGUCUGUAUCAUCGGUCUGGGCGGAAACACUUUAGUCAUUCACAUCGUACUACACUAUUCUAAGACAGAGUCUGUGACUAAUAUCUACAUCCUUAACCUAGCCAUUGCCGAUGAGCUGUUCAUGCUUGGCCUGCCUUUCCUGGCUGUUCAGAACACCCUCCAGUUUUGGCCCUUUGGCUCCUUCAUGUGUCGUCUCGUCAUGACCGUAGACUCCAUCAACCAGUUCACCAGCAUAUUCUGCCUGACAGUGAUGAGCGUCGACCGCUACCUAGCCGUGGUCCAUCCCAUUCGCUCUUCCAAGUGGCGGCGCCCUCAAGUGGCCAAGCUGGUGAAUGGCACAGUGUGGGCGCUGUCAUUCUUGGUCGUCCUGCCCGUGGUUAUCUUCGCCAACAUCCAGAAGGCGGGCAGCACCUGCAACAUUGCCUGGCCACAGCCAGCUGACAUUUGGCGGGCUGCCUUCAUUAUCUACACCUCAACGGUGGGAUUCUUCUGCCCACUCCUCAUCAUCUGUCUCUGCUACCUGCUCAUAGUCUUCAAGAUCCGUAGCUCAGGUAAAAAAGUCCACGCCACCUCCACCAAGCGCAAGAAAUCGGAGCGGAAGGUGACGCGUAUGGUGGUAAUAGUGGUGGCGGUAUUUGUUUUCUGCUGGCUGCCCUUCUACGCCCUCAACAUCAUCAACUUGCUGGUGUCCCUGCCCCCAGAGCACCAGGGCAUUUACUACUUCGUAGUUGUGCUAGGCUAUGCUAACAGCUGUGCUAAUCCCAUUGUCUAUGGCUUCUUGUCAGACAACUUCAAGCGGGGCUUCCGGAAAGCUCUGUGCCGCUCCUCGCGGAAGGUGGAGAGCCAUGAGCCAGCGGAGUACCAGCGGCAACAGGAGGCGAGGAGGAGGGUACUGAUGCCCCGCGAGAGCCUGCGGAGGGCAAUUCGGGAUGAGGAGGAAGAUGAGGAGGAAGAUGUUACGGAAAUGACCGAAAUCUACAGAAUCGCCCAGAACUGCAAUAGUAACCUGCAGCCACCGAGCUUGCAGGCCCUGUGCUUGGAGAAAGAAGCGCCGCCCAUGGCAGCCGAGUCAUCCUCCCCAGAAAUUAAAGCCAAAGCUGGGGAGACGAAUGGGAAAGGCCCCGGCCCUGGGCCCACAUUGGCUGUGACGUCGCUCCUGAAUGGAGCCAAACAAGGUAGUAUCCAAACGCUGCCGGAGGAAUCCAUGGGAAAGAGCACCUCAAUGGAAAUAAGUUACCUCUGA